GAGUCCAGCUGCACACUAACACAAAUGUAUUUCUGUAACGUUUUGUUUGACCAAAGUCGGAUUUCCUCAGACAAGCAGUUUACAACAACGCCACUUGAAUAAAAUCUCUUCAUUUUCGUAGAAGUAAUAUUAAGAAACUUAUGGAUUCUGUUUUUGAGCCGCCCUGUACGUGUACUCGAAGCAAUGUUUUGCUUAUAUUUCGGUUUAUUUAUUUUAGUCAAAUAAGUGAAUAAAUCUGACAAUCUUUCAAUGCUUUUUCUUUCAGAGUUUAAUUGUUUAUUUAAAUUUUAAGUGUAUUAUUUGAACUACUAAAAAUCUGGCAUCUGCCUAACAAAUUUGAAUUCUUGAAAAUUGAAUUAGACUUACCGUAAUAAUAUCUUGAUUAUAUUUUUGAAAACUGGGUCAUUUCCAGCAUUUAAUUUGUGAGCAUUUUGUCUCGGUGGGUAAUUACUCCAAACUAAUUCCUUCAGCGACAAAUCCAGCAAUCUUUUCUCACAUAAUAAUGGGAUUCAAACCUGUGAACACACAGGGUAAUCAGGUUUGCGAUGUCAAGUGUUUCUUCUUACGCUUAGCAGAAUGCGAUCUCGUGAAAAAUUCAUAUUUAUUUCUAUUUAUUAUAAUUAGUGUUUUGUUAGCUCUGUGUGUCUCAAAUAAUAUAUAACUUUAACUAUUACGUCUAUGUUUUUGCGUUUAGAUAAAUGUAAAUAAAAAUGUUAGUAUAAACAAUAAUUUGUGGAUUUUUAUAUGGAAAUGAAGUAAGCUAUGGGGACACUUUAGGGAGAUUCUACUGAGUUUCAACAUCGAAAGUUUCCAAAAAGUUUGCUUUCGAUGAAUGAGAAUACCUUAGGAUGGGAGUUCGAGGUUUGAUGACCUUCGUUGAGAACAAUCAGGGAAGACUAUAUGAUAAAGAAAAAUUGCAUGACUGCCCUCUAGUGAUUGAUGGUUUCGGACUCGCGUAUCAUCUAUAUUUUGAGAGUAAUUUAGAUUCAAGACACGGAGGGGAGUUUGCUGCAUUUUCAGAAGUUAUUUCAAGGUUUUUCAAACAAUUGAAGAUCUGUAAAAUUGAGCCUUAUGUUAUCUUUGACGGACCUAUCGAGCCAGAUAAGCUACCCUGUGUCUUGACCAGACUAAAUGACAGAGUUAAUGAUGUCAAUAACAUAUUGAAGAAUGAAGAACGCACAAGAGCGAGAGUGCUCCCCAUAUUUGCAGUUGACGUCCUUUUCCACCACUUGAUGUCACACCAGAUCAAGUAUGCAGUGUCGCUGACAGACGCAGAUUGUGAGAUAGUGGCCGCAGCAAAUGCACUUCACUGCCCUGUGCUAUCAUUAGAUAGUGAUUAUUAUAUCUUCAACAUCGAAAAUGGUUAUGUACCAUUCACCCACUUCUACUGGGAUAAGAUUUGGACGGAUAAAGGCAGCAACAGAAAGUCAAUAAUCAGCCAUAAAUAUAAAAUUGGGAAUAUAGUGAAUGAGUAUGGGGUACCAGAACCACUGUUGCCAUAUUUAUCAAUACUUCUUGGCAAUGAUUGGCUUCCUAAAGACACAUUUCAGGAAUUAUUGGCAAAGCUAGCUCAGCCGAAAUCUUCCCAGAGACAAAAAUCGAGCAAACGCAGGAAACACGACCAAAAAAUUGAUUCUCUAUUAUGGUGGUUGUCUACAAAAUCAAACGAGAAAUCGGUUCUUGACAAGAUUCGUUUUUCUUUGCCGAAUAAAAAGCGAGAAGAAAUAAUGAGCAAAGUUGAUGUCUGUCUCUCACUGUAUCGAACUGAACUUGACGUUUCUGAGACAAUGAAUAUCCUGAAAAAAAAUGAGCCACAGAAGAAUCCUGACCAGGAUGAGAUUCGUUAUCUAGUCAGAACAAGCAACGUUCAUCCAACAGCGAUCAACAUUUUGGAUUCAAAGUACAUCUGCCUUCCUGUUCCUAUGCAUGACUCUAGGAAGGCUUCCCCUCACGCUUGUGCAGCUGCGAUACGAACUCUAUAUUACCGGCUUUUAUUGCGGAAAUUCCGUUUUAAAACCUUUGGGCCUGAGUUUUUAUUCAUUCAAGAGUAUGAUAAAGUUGAUUUGUGUUACAAAAAAUCCCGCACUGUCAGCGUUUUCACUUCUCUUUGUCCGUUAUGUGAUCAGCACCACUCUUUGGAUGAAGUUUGUGUGGCGAUAUCUAGUGAUGGGAUUGAAAAAAGCGCUCCUUGCGUUAAAAUGAUUUUAAAACUUUUACAAUUUGAAUCGACAAAUUCGUUUUUAAUUUUUAUGGAAAAAAGAAACAAUUUUGAACUUUUUAAUGAAGAUUUUAUGAAAGUUUUUGAUAUUGUCAUGACGAUGACUCUUUUUUGGUUUAAAAAGACGACCCCGAACACAACUUUUAUAUGUUCGUUACUGUUGACCGUGGUGUGGUCCGUUUCUAAAUGUUUGAACAAGAAAGCCAACUAUCGCAGUCGUAAAGAGAUGACGAAAACUACACAAGCGAGCAAAAUGAACAAUGCAAUGCAAGUGACUGGUGUCAACACUAUUGGCCCAAAGUUAAAUGAAGUCGCGCAACCUGAGGUUACCAGCACAAAUCAAAAAAGCGGUGAUACACGGGAUUCUUACAAACUUAAAAGCCAACCAAUCACAGUUCAAGAACAAAUUACAUCUUGUGAAACGAAUCCAACUGAGACCGAAAAUCAAGCAUUGGGUCCACCCAUGAGAAACUCUCCAAUAAGGCCUAAAGAGAAAACAGUCCCACCAUUCACUACCAUAUCGGUAUAUAAAUUUCUUGAUCUUAUCGGUUCAUGUGUAUUGCAAACAGCAUCCGGUUCUAGGGAAACUUUACACUCUGAAAUGGACAUUGAUUUACUCCACAGCGCCUCUGAGUGGUUGUGUACUUUAAAUGCAGCUAUUUUGCUUCACCAAGUGGCAGAGAGUCAAAGGUCAAAUUUUGCUAUGCAGGAUUUUUUUAUCAGUAAUAUGUUUCUUCAUGACAUCCAUACAAGGCUAAAGAGAUUAACUUCAGCUGAAGAUAUGCAAGGAAAUUUAAGGAAGAUGAGCAAUGCCGUAGCAGAUUGUCUGGCGACUGUUCCAAGGAUGAAAAGUCUAUUCAUUGACUUGGCUGACUACUUAUUGCUCAUUGAUGGAUGAACCCAAUGCAGUUUGGAAAAUAUGCUGAGCAUUCGGAUCAUAUCGAAGGAUCUACCUUCUACUUAAAAGUAUUAUGGCGUCAUAUUUUCAACGAGAUUCCACACACCAUCGAUGUUCCGUCCUAAUCACUUUAUUUUUUAGAAACACCGCAUAAUUUAGAUUUUUUUACCCCAUAAAUAUAAGAUUUACAUAUUCAUCCCAGGGGAGACGAGAGCCGACGGCACGGAUAAAAAUACAUCUUGCUCUUGUUGCGUUAAAUCUAUUGGAGUUUGCCCAGUGCUUUUCUUGCUGUGGAACUAGGCCAGGGUGGUCCAAACCCAGGCCCGCGGGCCACAUGUGGCCCGCCGCUUUAUUAUCUGUGGCCCGCGUCACAUUCGGAGAGUAAUCAAAAAAUCGCAUUUCGUGUUGUUUCAUAAUAAAA